AUGUUACCAGUGCUGCCAAGCGCAAAUACACAUCACGUACAUUUGGAUAAUAAUAACACGUCACAUAGUGCACCUAAACGUAACUCCAGUAUGAUCUUUCGUAUUGAGCAUUUACUACCGAACACAACAGUUCCAGACUUCAAUCUACAAACAACAAUAACCACAACACCCAGUAGUUCGUCGCUAAAUGUUAGAGAACAUCAAAAACCCCUACACUCCACACUGAAACGUAUUAGAUUGAUGCGUUCAGGGGUAUAUGCCUCGCAGUUUACUCCCAAGGAUACUUUUUCGGAGAGCAUUACUACGCUUGCGUUAAUGUCAUGUGGAAAUACUGAAAUGGAAUAUCACCAACAAACAAACACUCGUAUAUAUUGUACGCUGUCCGAAAACAUGCUUUGCAUGACGCCUGUCAUAAUGAAAAAAAUCAGAUUAUCGGAGGACAUACACAGCUAUAAUGUACUUUUCGAGCUACAAAGCGGUAAAGUACGAAUACGUGCUGUACGCGACAUAGCACGGGAUGAGGAACUAGUGGCUUGGUUUGGCGACGAAGUAACACUUUUCAUGUCCUUACCGUUUCUCACACCUCUAAAUAUACAAGGCAAUAAUCGCUACACCUGUCAUAUCUGUCAAUUAACAUUCGAAACACCAAAUCCUUUAAAAAUUCACUUAGCACUUGGUUGUGGUCGUCAUUCGCUAGACAUACUUUGGAUACGUCUCCACUAUGCGAUAAAAGCCACAACAUAUAAUCAACAACAUCAACAACAACAACAACAGUUACUAACAACUCCAACAAAACUGUCUUUACCGGCGCAACAUUCGCCCAAUCAUCCUACUUCAACUACAUCCUCAAAUUCACCGCCCACAUCACCGCUACCACAGCGACAGCAACGAUCGCCAAUUCAGUUACCACGUUUCUCUGCCUUCAAACCAAUUUCGGCUCCAGUAGUGAUAACCACAUUACAUUCGUCAACAUCACAACACCUGCCAACAACGUUACACACCACAACGGCCACUUCAAGUAAUGCUCUAUCAUUUUUACCUUCUCUCUCGACCACAGCAUUCUCGCCUAUUAAUUUACUACAACCGCCUGGUCCAUUGAACGCUGCAGCACAAAUUGAAGCCAUUGUCAGUAAUAUGGGUGCCUCGAAACAAGGUCAUCUCUGCAUUUAUUGUGGCAAGGUUUAUUCUAGAAAAUAUGGCCUUAAAAUACACAUACGCACACAUACUGGUUUCAAACCCUUAAAGUGUAAAUUUUGUUUGCGCCCUUUUGGUGAUCCUAGCAAUUUAAAUAAGCACGUGCGUUUACAUUUACAAACUGGAGGGAGUGGUACAAAUGUAGAAGGUUAUAAGUGCCAUCUCUGUCAUAAGACUUUAGCCAGAAGACGUGAUUUACAAAGGCAUAUUGAAUCGAGGCACUCUGGUGAGUCAGUACACUUAAAAACUGAGACAACUUCAUGA